CAGCGGUAGUCAGACGGUGGUUGGCGGCCGGAGAGAGUGAACGUCUGGGUACGGCCGCUCCGUCGCUAAGUCACUCAGUCACACGCUCGCGCGCUGCUAGAGUGCCGUCGCUCGCCUGAUAUCGCCGCAAUGGUGUCUCCAAACAUUUGCGAAUCCUAGAAAAGACUUGUGAUGGCAGGAUAAUCUGGUGUGGCAGACAGUGAGCUAACUUUCCGAAGUAUAUAUUACGAGAAGAAAUUAUCGUGUGCAUUGUCUCAGUGAAAAGUGAGUGGAAGAAGUGUCCGCCGACCACAGCCGAUCCCGGUAACAAUUUUCAAAAGGUGACUCGCUACGAACUGAGUUUGCUAAGACAGUCAGCGAACCUGUUGAUUCCUUUGUACUUGUGUAAGCCAACGGCCUUGCUGGGAAGUGUGAUAGCCGAGAGCUUAGUGGUGUAGCUUAGUGAGGGAACGUUUACCUGUCCGCCUGUCUUCACGUGGGCUGUCCGCGGCCCGCACAGGACCUCUGCCGACCCGAGACACUCGGGUGAGGUAAAUGUAAGGCGAGAGGGACAGUGUAUUUGACAAGGUGGAUCCUCAUUACAUGUUAAAUUAUUCGGGGAACUUAAGUCAUCCCGUCAACCUAUUCUCGAGACCCUGGUGGCCUGAAACGAGCAGGUCAGCCACAGUACCCCCCUCGGAGCCCCUCGCCGUCGAGAUGGUGCAUCAGGUGCAGGUACAGGAACGCGCCCCGCGGAAGAGGGAUCGGCGCACCGCGGGGCUCAUGCUGAACCCAGGAGGCGGCCCGGACUUGCCAGGCAUCAGAGGCACAGACUUCAAAGGGGAGCUGCAUCCUCCCCCGACCAAAAUCUCCCGCCUGGGCAUGUACGAGACCUACCAGCCCUGGGUCCUGCAGACGUACGGAGACUCGGCAAAGACCAAGACCAUAACACGCAAUAAAUACCAACGCAUUCUCCAGAUCCUCCGCGGAGAUUACGUCGAUAACGAGACCUCCAAAUUCAAGCUGUGGGUGAAAGGAAGAGGCUUUCGCAUCGGUCCCCCGCCGGGCUACCUGAACGGGGGCGUGGAGGACCCCAUCAUCACGCAGCUCACAACGCCGCCGUCCCUCGACUACAACCCGGACAAGGAUCCCUAUCCAGACAUCUACGUCCAGACCGGCACUGUCAAGGUAAGCGUGGAUUCUUUCUUCCCUUCGCUUCCCGUCCCGUCCCUUGCCUUCCUCGGGUGGGCGGGCAAGGCGGCGGGCGGUAGCGGAGGCGGCGGCGCGGUCAGGUACACACACACACAGCCACAGGAUCCGGAGGGGCACGAUAGAGUCUGCUUCAAAAAGGUGGCGGUGGUGGAGGACUUCUUCGACAUCAUCUACAACCUCCACGUCUGCAAGGAUGGCAAGGAGCAGAAGCACAUGGGCCAGAAGAGGACUUAUAGAGCUGUGUCUGAGCGGUACGCCUUUGUGCCGCGGGAGGCCGUCACCAAGUUCUUGGUCCUAUGCACGGAGUGUCCCCGGCGCUCUGUGGGCGUGCACGUCAGCCUGGGUGUGCCUCUCGCCGUUGCCAACCUGCCCGUGCCGCCGCCCGCUCUGCCGGUCCCCACCCUGCCGCCGCCGCCGCCGCCACCCCCCAUCAGUCGUCACCACGAAGAACCACCCACUACAGAGGACCAACAACAGCCCUGCUACGCCCCGCCCGUGUCCCUACACCACCACCCACACCACCAGUACCUCCACACACGCCAGCACGCCCAGCCACAAUCCCCUCACGCCCCUCCGGUACCACACUCCCCCCACCAAACCACGCCACCCCCGCCGUCCCCACACCCUCCCCCGUCGCCGCACUCCCCUCUCACACACCAGCGGGAGUUGCAGAAGUACCACCAACACCUCCAGCUUCAGCAGCAUCUUCACGAGACGAAACAGCACCACCAGAAAUCCCAGGAGGAGAGAAAGGACGGGGAGGAGGAGGAUGUGGACGUGGAGGGAUGUGAUACCAACAGCAGGAGAGGAGAGGAGGUCGGGGAGCACAUAGCGAAGGAGGAAAAUGACAAUGUGGAGAUUAAUGUGGAUGGGAUGGAGGCGGAGGAGAGCAGCGCGGAGUGGAUGUACGCGAAGAGGGUGAGCGCCGUCAGCCAUGAGGUGGACUACCGGCUCCCCAUCACCAGCAUCUAUCUCAAGCACUGCGCCAGCGCCUUCACCCCCUACAACAACAACUACAACACCUACAACAACAACAACUACUACGGCAACUACAACUACUACAGCCAGUGGAAGGACGGGCCGGUGAUGGCGGAGUCAGACGGCAGCGAAGACGAGCUGAAGACCGCUGAGGUGGAGCGGAAGGUUGACACGCGGAGUCGCACCGAGUGGACGCCCUUCCAGCAGCAGCCUCUUGGCCUCACCCGCUCCGACCCCUCCCGCAGAAGUCCAUGUCCGUCGCCGUCGGGCAGCGAGCGGGCGGCCACGGCCACGCCCCUCGACACUGCCAGCAACGCCGAGGACACGUCCAGCAACGGCAACAAAGACGACGAGGACGACGACGCCGACGACGACAACGACGAUGACAAAAUUGACGCUCAGUACGACCCGGAGCGACUCAAAGCCUUCAACAUGUUCGUGCGUCUGUUCGUGGAUGAGAACCUCGACCGCAUGGUGCCGAUCAGCAAGCAGCCCAAGGAGAAGAUCCAGGCGAUAAUCGAUGCCUGUGCCCGACAGUUCCCGGAGUUCGCCGAGCGCACCCGCAAGAGGAUCCGCACGUACCUCAAGAGCUGCCGGAGGAACAAGAGAACCCGGGACUCCAACGGCUGGGAAACGCCGUCCCGCCCAACACCUCCUCACCUCACCAGCAUUCAGGCAGAGCAGAUCCUGGCAACCGCUUGUGAAAAUGAAGCCCAAAACGCCAAGAGGAUGAGGCUUGGCUUGGAACCCAUCGCUCAGCCCAACCCCCUCAACCCUCAGCCUCCAGCGGUUGGGUCAGACAAACCUCUCUCACUGGUUGACGCCGUGGUCAAGACCGAGUCCAACGCCCCCCAUGUGUCUGCCUUGGCCAAAGCCUUGGAGCGGCCGCUGGCAGACUCCAAGGUGAUGAACGGCUCCUCCAUGUACCAAGCAUCAUUCCAACAGAGUUUUCAGAAGAUGACCACGCUAACAGGGUCAACAGUACACGCCCAGCCCGGCCUCACGCCUCUCCUGGCCACUACCUCUGCACCUAUGUUAGCCAAUGGACCAACAGAUUUGAGCGUCAAGGGCACCUCCAAACCCACCCGACCUUCCCUCAAUGCCGUGGAGGUGGCGGCAGUCCGGCAGCUUAUUACUGGGUAUCGGGAAUCUGCUGCCUUCCUGCUGAGGUCUGCUGAUGAGUUGGAAAACUUACUAAUUCACCAGCAGAGUCCGUAGUGUAUAAGUGAAGUAAAUGUAUAAAUGUGAAGAUUAACCUUGUAUGCAUACAUUGGAUGGUGUAUAUGUGACUUUGCUGGUGUUGAUGGUUGUCUAUUUGCUGCUCACUUUUAAAAUGUAUAUGGUACAAUUUCAGUGUUUUAUGAACUAUAGCUGUAGUAAAUAUAUUUAUUUACCAAUUGAAACUUUUUUUUUGGUUUUUGUUACUACAGUUAGUAAGAAAAGAGCAUGAAUGUGAAAAAAAAUAUUGGUGCUGUCCUUCAUGUCCAGUCAAUACAUACUGAUCAUAUUUAUUUAUAUUUUUUCUGCUUAGAAUUUUGUACUGUAAUUGUUCAACCAUUUAUUUUUCUUUUGGUAUGGAAAAUCCCAUUACUUAAAAGUUCUUUAUAGAAAAUUUCUAGUUUACUAUGGAAGUGCCUCUUCACCAUAGAACAGUUUUCUUCAGGGGAGGUGCUCAGGUAACAGUGUACAGACCUCUCACGAGUGUAAGUGACAUACGAGGCUGGCAAGGAGAUUGUGCUGCGCUCCCACUAAGCCGGUGUGAGCCCAGAGCCAUGCCUAUAUAUACACAGGAUGAACAGUUGUUGUGUUGUUGAUUCACUUGCCACCUCCCUCAUGUCAUUGGACCUGGAUGUGUCUCCUGAACAAAACUCCACCUGUACAGAGUAGUGGGAUUUUGCCUAGAAUACAAAAGAGCAGUGGUAAGAGUAGUAUGUAGAGCGUUUCAUAACACUGUGUAGCUUUUCUGAUAUCGUGGGAUACAAACAAAAGUCAUCCCAGUUUGUUAUAUACAAGAAAUCAGUGGCGAGAAGAGCUUACAUACAUUUCAGUCAAGCCCGCUCCACUCUUUUGGUGACGUAUAAACACUGCAAAUUCUUUAUAAUGAAAAUAUUUUGUCAUUGAUAUUUUUUUGCCGCAAACUUUCUUAAUCAGUCACAGAAAAAUGGAACUCCUGAUUUGAUUCCUUUGAACAUCCGACAGUUUUAGGGAGUAGCUCAAACUGAGAGACACUCAGAAAAGUUCAACACCACUUAUUCCAUGUAUGAUAUGGAAGACCACUUUCCAGUUUUAUGUUGAUGAUGAUUGUCUACAUUAUGAAUGUAAAUGUAUAGUUGUAUAUAGGUAGAGCCCAAUUAAAAUAUAGGAAAUAUAUUAUGUCCAACGUAGGGUGUGUUCGUAUGCCAUAGACUAUUGUGAAAUGUUAUGGAGGUCUGGACAUCCACUGUUGUCAGAUUUGUAGUCCAGGAAACUGCUUCUGGAUGAACUAUGGGACACAUUCACUGUUUCUUUUUUUUCUCUUCCAUUGCUUUGUUUUUUGUGAGGAAAGUAGUUUCAGUUGGGUUGCUUUCAUUGUUUUCUGUAACUGAAUGGUGCGGUUACUGACUACACCAUACCUAUACAAAAUUAUCCAUUUUUCAUCAUAGCAGAAAAGACCAUUCAUUGGGUAUUCAUUUUCUUGCAUGAAAUUUUAGUAUGUUGGGAUCCGGGAAUGUCUCUGGAAUCUCGCACCAUAAAUAGGUCCUCAAGAUUCCUGCUGUUUAUACUGAAUUCUCGUUCAUCAGUACUGAUUGUGACUGUUUGAUGUGAAAGUUUGUGCAAUCUAUGUUUUCCUUAUGUAUCUAAUUGUAUAUUUUGUGUAUUUACAAAACAUUCAUCUUCUAGGCAAGAAUUUGUAAAAUACUGUUUUAUUUAUUGUUAACGUUAUAUGAACUACACUGAGAUACACUAGCGGUCAACAAAGACUUUGUGUAUAUACCAAGCAUAUUGAGAAUGUAUUUAUGAUAUCCAUGCAGUACUUCAAUUCAUGAAAACCUCUUACUUUCUAGUCAUGGUUUAUUCCUCAAAAAUUCUACUUCAAACUGACAUGUACUUUGCAUUGUAAAGAGAAUGUACAUACAUAUGUAAUUCUGUUGAACAUCAAAGCUAUGUGUAUAUGUAUAUUAUUUUCUUAUAAACUACUAAUUUUGACAAUCAUUGGCUUAAAUGGUAGUGUAUAAAAAAGUUAGCCCUCAUAUUUUUCAAAAAGUCAUGCACUACUAGCAAGGGAUAAAGGCAUCCACUCAAAAACAUAAUUUCCCAAACAAUUCCAUAUUACUCUAGAGCCCCAAGAGCUAGUGUCAUGUUUACAGCGAGACAGCAGGCUUCAGGCUUCACAUGGAAACAUUCUUGGUUCAUUUGCCACGUGUGGAAGGUAACUCCAGUAUACCAAAGAUAAGAGAUAUGUUUGAUCUCAUACCUUUAUGAUAGUUAUUUUUUCUACUGUUGUUUUGAACAAUGGUGUAUUAAUUUAUUUGUGUUAUUUUGAAAAUAUAUGCAGUAUAGAAAUAUAUAUUAUUUGGAUA